AUGAGUGAACCUAACAAACAGAAAUGGUUAGAAAUUUCAACAGGAUUUGAAAAACGUGCAAAUUUCCCAAACUGUAUUGGAGCGUUAGAUGGGAAGCAUAUACGAAUUACUCAACCACCAGAUUCCGGUUCAAUUUAUUACAAUUAUAAAAAUUUUUUUUCUCUCGUUUUGAUGGCAUUGUGCGAUUCAAACUAUUGUUUUGUAUGGGUCGACAUUGGAGGUUAUGGUAAAGAUAGUGACUCAGGGUUAUAUAAAGAAUCUACGUUGUAUAAAAAAUUAACUGAAAAGAAAUUAGAUAUUCCUGAUCCCAAGCCUCUUAUAAUUGAUAAUGAAGAUACAAAAGUCCCAUUCGUAAUUGUAGCUGACGAAGCAUUUGGUAUGACAGAAAAUUUAAUGAGACCUUAUGGUGGCAAAAUGUUAUCCUAUGAAAAAAAAAUUUUUAAUUAUCGGUUAACGUUGGCACGUCGAUAUGUAGAAUGCACAUUUGGGAUUAUGUGUAGUAAGUGGCGAAUAUUACAUAGACCGCUAGAUGUAAAGAUUGACUUUGCUGAAGUUAUUGUUAAAGCCAUAUGCACUUUACAUAACUAUGUUAGAGUGAGGGAUGGUUUUAAUUAUGAAGAUACACUAUACACACCACCAUUAUCAAAUCUCAGUUCAACCUAUACUGGCCGUCAUGUACGUGAUGCUGAUAUGAUUCGAAACAAAUUUACCAACUACUUUACAAAUGAAGGGAAGUUAGAGUGGCAAGACAAAAUGAUUUGA